AUACAAGGGCAGCCUAGUUUAGUAAAAAUACAACACUGGUGAAAAGGGAUUUGCCAAGAGUGUGCAACAAAUCAUUGCAUGAAAGAAAGACAGCCUACAGGGAAUCAAAUUUUCCUCUGAAUUAAAAAACGGGACUUUGUAAGUCCUAGGUCCUAUGUGACAUUUAAUGUGCAACAUGUGGGUCAGUGGGGGAAGAUGGCAGUCCUUAGCGGAGCCACAAACUCGAUACACGACAUUCUGUUGAUGAGAAUCCAUGGGAGUUGGAUUAAACCGGUCUGUAUCCCGGAAAUUGUUUAGGAUUUGAGGUAAAUGCUGCCGGGAGAUGCUGUCGCCGCAAGAGAAAACAAGCGGAGAACCAGAAGAAUAAAAUCACAGAAUCGAGGCCUAUCGUGACAGUUAGCUGGUGAUAGAAUGGAUGAAGACUGCAAUGGCCAUCCCUACAUGUCAGGCAGUGGAGACUCUUCGAGGGAGUUUUCAGGGGCCGUGGGAGGCUGCACAGUGAGCACCCCCAACAGCCAGCACACUUCCCCCAGCCGUUCUCUUAGUGCUAACUCCAUCAAAGUGGAACUGUACAGUGACGAGGAGGUGGGCCGUGGCACAGGACCAGAGGAUGAGAAAGGGGACAAGGUGGAGGAGGGGGAUUCUGAGCAGGGAGGAGAGGCAGGAGGUGGCUACAGGGAGCUGGCCAGUCCGGAGCCCAUGUCACCAGGCGGUGCCACCCGGCUGCCCAAUGGGAAACUCAAGUGUGACGUCUGUGGGAUGAUCUGCAUUGGGCCCAAUGUCCUCAUGGUGCACAAACGCAGCCACACAGUGUCGUCUCCCACAGUGGGAAAGCCCUAUAAGUGUAGUUACUGUGGACGCAGCUACAAGCAGCAGAGCACCCUGGAAGAGCACCGCGAAUGCUGCCACAGCUACCUGCAGAGCCUGGAGACACAGAAGCCAGCCAGUGCUCACACUCAAGUAGAGGAGCUGAGGGACCUGGAAUUCAUGCCUGACAACCUGCUGCAACCUUCCUCAGACAAGAUUACGUUCAUCGAUCGGCUGGCCAACAGCAUCACCAAACGCAAGAGAUUCACACCACAGAAAUUUGUAGGACAGAAGCACAUGCGCCACAGUCUAGCUGACACGCCUUUCGAGCUCAGCGCCGCCUUUGACAAGGACGGGGAGAAACACCACGGUCUGGACCAGCCACACUACACCGUCCUGGGAGGAGGCUACCUGGGGGUGCCAGGAGCUGGUGGAUCUGAAGGCCUCCGACCCCUAUGGCUGCCACCCCCUCACCCCUCCUGCCUGUCAGAGCUCCGGCCAGUCAUCAGCUCGGCUCACACCCCCAUGGCGCCGCUGGGGCCGGGGCUGGACUGCAUGGGGGCCGGGGCUGGCCUAGGGUCCACAGGAGUGGGGGGCAGGGAGGCUGCAGAGGGUCACGAGGACCUACCUCUUGGCCGCAGCCACGCCCCUUCGCCUAGCAACGUUUGCCAGGACUCCACAGACACUGAGAGCAUGCCGGAUGAAGUGUUAAGCAAUGUGGCGCCUGCCCUGCCUCUCCACAACAACAAUCACCACCUCCACUCCAACCACCACCCACCCCCUCUGCCCCUACUGCACCACAGGGGUAGGGACAGACACAGCCCAAGCCACGCCAGGGAAGAGGAUGGCAACUCUGCCACCCCCCCGGCCCCAGGCUCCCCCACCUCCAGGGAGGCGUUUCGAGUGGUGGACGGAGAGGGGCACGUGUUGCGUUCCUUCCGCUGCGAGCACUGCCGCGUGCUCUUCCUGGACCACGUCAUGUUCACCAUCCACAUGGGCUGCCACGGCUUCCGCCAGCCCUUUGAGUGCAACAUCUGUGGCCAUCGCAGCCAGGACCGCUACGAGUUCUCCUCGCACAUUGUCCGCGGGGAGCACCUGCUAGGCUGAGGGAUGGCUGGGCAGGCCUCUGUACUUAGGUUUUGUUUGUUUUUUUACUCUGAGAGAAGGGCCUGCUUGGGUUUGGUCUGCAUCACAAUAGGGGGUAGGGGUAGUACGAAACUGCUUUUAGUAAAUUAUUUGUGCAAAGGCGUUGAUACUGUUACCACAUAAACCUUGACUUCAAAUAGGCACAUUAGGUCAAUUGCAUCACUUUUAAAAAAGGAAAGAGAAUCCUCACCACUCAAUGCACUUUUCAAAAUGCAUGAAUUCUUAAUGAGAAAAUGCACUUUCAAAUAGAUUUUAUUCUGAAGUAAAGGGAGUGAAUGCACUUUUUUUUUUAUCCUCAAAGUGCCUUUCUCUGCUGUGGUCUACCUUUCCUCUCUUAUCCUGGUAAAAACUGGGUGCACAAAACAGCGAUGCUACCAUCUAGACAAUGUGAUUUAUAUGUGACGUUUUGAGUUGUUUCGUCGACUGCACUGUAAUCAAUAUUUUAACCAAGAUAUAAACAAGAACAGUCAGGCGCCCUUGGAAUUUGUCAAAGCUCUAUUUGAAAAGCACUUAACGGAUCUAUUCCAUUCCGUAACACACCUAGUCCCUGGGGGUGUGGCAGACAGUGUUGUAUAAGAUUGUGUGUAGAUGGUAUAUAUUACUGUUGGUCAUUUAUUUUAAUAAGUUGCGGUGCAGACUGGACCCAGGAUCCCAAGUUAAAUGUUCAGAAGAGAUUUGAGGGGUUGGCCUCAAUGAGGAGUGCACUUUUGAAUUUCAGUUUGUGUAUAUGUGUGUAUGUUUGUUAUUUUGGAAGUUAAGUUAAAUGAGAGUUUUAGGCUUUUAGCAGUGUGAAUGUCGUGGAAUGGGGUGCAGUAUGUUUGUUUUUGUUUCCUUUAAUUGUUUUUGUUGCACUGAGAUACCUGCAGAGAUAAUUUAUAUUUAAAGAAGAUUACAUUUAUGGCCUGCACCUUUCUCUGUGCAGCAUGUUGAAAGAAAUAAAACGUUUUUAAAACUCAUUCCACAAAAGAAGAGAGCCACUGCCACUAUUUUGGAGUUGACGUCAACAAAGGGCUGGGAUAACAUUUUUGGCUAUUUUAGGUCCUUGAUAUCCCACUGCUUUGUGUACUACAAAACAAACCUAAACAUGAUUAUUAUUUACAAGUGAGACUUAAAACAAUUGUAUAUUCAUUGUACUGUGCCUUUCAUGACGUUGACCUGGGGGACAUGUAUUAACAGCCUUGUCUUGCCAACAUAUAUCUUUAUGGAUGAGAAGAUGUAGUUAUUUUGAUGAUGCUAAGUAGCCUGCCCAUGCUGAAUUCUAGAUUGCCCUUCACUAGUCACUUUGAUUUGCAUAGUCACUCAUUUCUUAAGUAGCCUAAUCAUGUUGAUGUAAAUUGUAUUACAUCGUCCAAAAAGGAAAUAAACAUGUUUUAAAAAAGCA